AUGUCCUCUCCUGUUGCACGGAGUUAUAAAACAUACCUGAGCAUGGCCGAAAAUGACGAGGCCGAGACGGCCACGACAGAGCGCCUACGCUUCAAAGACGAGGAGGAGGCUGCUGGCGGCAGUCACGGUGGCGGUCGCGCCUCGAUGGCGGCCAACAGGCGUCCUCAGCUGGCUCGAUCGUCGACUGCCUUCUCAGAGGACUCGAUCUCAAUCCGUCCCGCAAGCAGGCGUGAGCCUACAGUCGCUUUGCCUAUCCAAUACCGAACUUUAUCAAUUGAUCUCGAAGACGCGAAGGCCAAGAAUAAGAAUAAUGCUGUUACGGAUCUCGCCGACUUGGACUGGCACACAAUACCCACUCAUGAACUCACCCAGCGCCUGAACGUAUCCGAGAGGCACGGCCUCUCCGAUGAACAAGUCAAGCGCCGCCUCCAAAAAUACGGCAAGAACGCGCCUUCCCCUCCCCAGACGCACCGCUUUAAAACCAUCAUGGGCUACUUCUUCAAGGGCUUCGGGUCGGUGCUGCUCGUGGCGUCGAUCCUCGUCUUCAUCGCGUGGCGGCCGCUCGGCGACCCGCCCGCGCAGGCUAACCUGGCGCUCGCCAUCGUGCUGCUGGCCGUCUUCUUCAUCCAGGCCGGGUUCAAUAUGUGGCAAGACUGGAGCUCCAGCCGCGUCAUGAACAGCAUCAAGACCAUGUUGCCGGACGAGUGUCAUGUCGUGCGCGACGGCGCGCAGAUGAGCCUUUUCGCAGCCGAGCUCGUCCCUGGCGAUGUGCUGCUCGUGAAGGCGGGUAACAAGCUGCCUGCCGAUGUUAGGUUUAUCAAUGUCUCCUCUGAUACUAAGUUUGAUCGCUCGAUCCUCACGGGUGAAUCUGUUCCAUUAGCGGCUGUCGUCGACUCAACUGACACCAACUACCUCGAGACAAGGAAUAUUGGUCUCCAAGGAACACAUUGUGUUUCUGGUAGCUGUACCGGCAUCGUUGUCUCUACAGGAAACAAGACUGUUUUUGGAAGAAUUGCGAAACUUACAAAUGAGCCCAAGGUUGGGCUGACAACUCUUGAGAAGGAAGUUUUGAGCUUUGUUUGGAUCAUCUGUUCUAUAAUGCUCGUUAUGAUCAUCAUUGUGAUUAUUCUCUGGGCCGCUUGGUUACGAACAACCUAUCCUGAUUGGAUUAAUGUUCCUACACUUAUUGUUGAUUGUGUAUCAGUGGCUGUCGCUUUCAUACCUGAAGGAUUGCCUGUUGCAUUGACAGCAAGUUUGACAAUAAGCGCAAACAUGAUGCGGAAGAACAAGAUUUUGUGCAAGUCGCUCAAGACGGUCGAGACCUUGGGUGCUGUGAGCGUCAUCUGCUCAGACAAGACCGGAACUCUUACUGCGAACAAAAUGGUGGUCACAGACUGCUUCGUGGGCCUCGAGAAGAUGACAGCGGACAACGUCAGAGAUACACUCAUCGCGGAGCGAAAUAUAGACGGCAACUUUGCAGGCAACGCGAUCGAUCAACUCAGAACAAUCGGCGGUCUCUGCAAUGCCGCCGUGUUUGACGCCCAGACCAGAAAGCUGCCCCUGGCUGAGCGGAAGAUACAUGGAGAUGCCACCGAUACUGCCAUUCUUCGAUUUUCCGAGGGCCUUGGACACAUCUCAGAGUUGAAGAGAUGUUGGCAUACCAAAUUUGAUUUGGCUUUCAACAGCAAGAACAAGUUUAUGAUCAGAGUCCUCAGCCUAGCUCACCCCGACGGAAAAACCGACGCAAUGCCGCUCGACGUUGCCUCCGUGUUUGAACCAAGUGACCUGCUCCUCACGAUCAAGGGCGCCCCGGACAGACUCCUUGAUCGAUGCAAAUACUACAUUGGGAGGACUGGCGCAUCCCAUCUCAUGACUGAGACAGCCAAAGCGCAAAUAGAGGCAACACAGGCGGAGUACUCAGCAAGAGGCCGCCGCGUACUACUCCUCGCACAUAAGACACUCUCCCGUUCCUCGAUAAAAGCCUCUACUCUCUCAUCAGCAUUUGAGAAGGAAAUGACCGACAAUGCCAAGUCUGGCCUCACAUUCGUCGGCCUCGUCGCCAUCCAGGACCCACCGAGGCCCGAGAUCCCGGACGUUAUUCAGACCCUGCGAGGCGCAGGCAUACGCAUCUUCAUGGUGACUGGCGACUUUGCCUUGACAGCCCAGGCGAUCGCAGCAGAGUGCGGGAUUAUCACGAACGCUCCCGGGUUGGUGAAGUCCGCCGCAGACCUCAACCGUAACCCGCUGGCGCACCCGUCCGACCUGAACGGAGAAGGGCAAGUGGCCAAGAAUGUCCGCUUCGACGACCAGCACCAGCCGACGUCUAUCGUUGUCACGGGCUCGGACCUCAUGGCCAUGAAUGAGUCGCAGUGGGAUCAGCUGAUCAUGUCGUACACCGAGGUCGUCUUCGCGCGCACGACGCCCGAGCAGAAGCUUCGCAUCGUGCGCGAGCUGCAGGCGCGCAACAUGGUAGUGGGCAUGACAGGUGACGGGGUCAACGACGCGCCGGCGUUGCGCGCCGCAGACGUGGGGAUCGCGGUCGGUUCCGGGUCGGAUAUCGCGGUCGAGGCGGCCGACAUGGUGCUGCUGGAGAGCUUCAGCAGCGUGGUGGAGGCGGUGCGGUACGGGCGCAUGAUGUUCGACAACCUCAAGAAGACCAUCGCCUACCUGCUCCCCGCCGGCAGCUUCUCCGAGUUCUGGCCCGUCUUCACCAACGUGGCGUUCGGCCUGCCGCAGGUCCUCAGCAGCUUCCUCAUGAUCGUCAUCUGCUGCUUCACCGACUGCCUGGCCGCGACGUCGCUCGCGUACGAGAAGCCUGAGGCCGACGUCCUGCUGCGUCCGCCCCGCGUCGUGGGUGUCGACCGGCUUGUCGAUUGGAAGCUCAUUGUGCAGUCUUACGGCUUCAUCGGCAUCAUGGAGACUACUGCAUCCUUUGCUAUGAGCUACUGGUACCUUGAACGAAACGGCAUCCCUUUCUCCCGCCUGUGGUUCGGCUUCGGCGACCCGCAAGGCAUCGACGCGGACUACUACACGCAGAAGCUGAGCGUGGCCAGCUCCAUCUACUUCAUCACUCUUGUGGUCAUGCAGUGGUUCAACCUAAUGUCGGUACGAACGCGGCGCCUGUCCAUUUUCCAACACCCGCCUCUGUUCAACAGAAAGACACAGAACGUGUGGCUCUUCCCUGCCAUCCUAUUCGCUCUGGUCAUGGCUUUCUUCUGGCUCUAUAUCCCGAGGCUUCAGGAGGUUCUGUCCACGGCGCCUGUCCCGGUCGAGUACUGGUUCCUGCCAAUGACCUUUGGGCUAGCUAUUCUUUUGCUGGACGAGGGUCGCAAGUUUUUUGUACGGAAGUGGCCGGCAGGACUGAUGGCUCGGUGGGCUUGGUAA